UUUUUUUUUUGUUUUUGUUGUUUUAUAUUAUUUUUGUACAUGACUAAAUCAAACCCACAAGAUAAAAGGGUCUCUUCAUCGUCAACUUGGUUGAUAAAUUGGUUUACACAUUUCACAAAACCAACUGUGCCUGCACAAACAAAAUUACCAUGGAAAAAGAACAAGUCUUCUAUAUCAGUUACUGAGCCUAUUGAGAUACAAAGGCCCAGCAUAACCAUAUCCACAGCCUCCUCAGAUAGAAGAGGCUCACAGCAGACACUCAGUAACAGUUCACUUACAUCGGAUGAUCAGUAUUCGACAACAGCCGCGUCAUAUUAUCAGAGACGUGAUAGCUCUGAGCGGUCCAUGUUGUCUGAACUCUGGUCAAAAGCAAAACGUCGCCAUCCUCAUUAUCCACGAUUUCAGACUUCCAAAAAGAGCCACGAUACAAUUUCUUGUCCUUCUUCUUAUCACCGUUAUUAUACCAGUCAUAUUCCACAACAUCUCAAGCGACAUUCUAUCAGCUCAUCUUUUCUGACAAAUUCUGUAGACAACACACCUUGUGUAUCACGACCAAACUCUAUUAUUUAUACCCCUUCUCAGCCUACCUCGCCCUUUAUUAAAAAUCAAAGUUCAGAAGAUGUGAUUGACCACUUUUUGUUAGAGGACCCUAUUCAAGAGCGUUGGACAAUUAAACAUGAACUGAUUAAACUAGCUAUAGACGGGCUGUUUUCUAUCCCUGAAAUGGUUACACUGCCUUUAUCCAUUGAAAAGCAUGUGCUACAGAUAGGAUGUGGCGAUGCUGCUUGGGCUUUGGAUGUGGCUUCUCAAUACCCAAGGUGGAUGAUUGUUGGCUUGGAUGAUGACAAUGAGUACAGUAGUCCUGAUGAAUUUCCUAUUCUGUCCACAGCAGCAACAACCAUUAUUACAAAAAGAAACAUCAUACCUAAAAACUUUAAAUUGAUUCGUUGUCAUUCACUGCUACAGGGACUUCGUAGUUUGCCUGAUAAUACGUUUGAUUUUAUAGAGAGUCGAUUCCUUGUUCUCACUUAUACCUUUGAACAAUAUCAACAACUCAUGACAGAAUGCCUAAGGGUCUGUAAACCAGGUGGUUAUAUUGAACUGAUGGAGAUGGACAUGCGUAUCUAUCAUCAACGACUUUUGUCCUGCCCUGUAACUCAUUUACUUAAUAAUGAAGUGAUCAGUGUGAUUGAAUCUAAGAAAUUGGACCCACGACUUGCUAGACGAUUACUUGACUUGGUGAGUCCAACUAUCACCACAAAAGCAAAGUAUGUUUCUUUACCUAUUGGUGUCUGGGGUGGUCGCUUGGGUGUUAUCUUUCGAGAUGAUAUUCAUCAUCUGAUUGAAUCUUUUCAACCUCAUAUUGCUGAAUUAAAUUCAGUUCAAUGUCGAACAGAAGACGAAUUAGAGAGCAAGAUUGAGAUGAUGGAUCAAGAAGUGGAUGCCAAUCGUUCUUUUAUGAACCUACAUUUACUCUUUAUUUCCAAGAGUUGGUGAAAAUCCAAUAAAAAAAAUUAUCUAAGCAUUGUGACGCGCUUUCUCUCUGCCCUUGUUGUCACG